CAACAACCCAGGUAACCAAAUCCAUGCCCUCACUCACAAACUCGGUUUCCAUUUCCGUGUCUAUGUUCAGACUGCCUUGCUUAUUAUGUAUGUUGCUUGUGGCUGCUCCUUGCUCUCCACGUGUUCUACGAAAUGCCCGAUUGGAAUUCUGUCGCUUGGAAUUUCAUGAUAACUGGUUUGGCCAAAUGGGGUGAGCUUAAAUUGGCUCGGUCUCUCUAUGUUGUGUCCUGUACUGCUAUUAUUGAUGCCUACUCCCGAAAGAAUCAGCCCCGUGAAGCUGUUGCUUUGUUUCGAAGAAUCGUUGUUGAAGAUUGCGUUGAGUCUACUGAGAUUACACUUCUGGCCGUAUUUCCAGCUGUUUCGGUUCUUAGGGCUCUUAAGAUUUGCCAAUCACUUCAUACUUACGGUGAGAAGAGAGGAUUUAAUGCAUCUGACAUACGUGUCACCAAUUCCCGUUUGGAUUCUUAUGCAAAAUGUGGCUGCAUAGAGAGUGCAUUGAGAUUAUAUGAGGAGGUAUCUGUUGAGAGGAAGAAUUUGGUGUCAUGGACAUCUAUAAUCUCUGGGUUUGCAAUGCGUGCAAAGGGGAAAGAAGCCAUCGAGUAUUUUAAUAGUAUGGAGCAAGUUGGUCUCAAACCAAAUCAAGUGACGCUCUUGAGUAUUUUCAAUGCUUGUAGUCAUGGAGGAUUAAUUGAUGAGGGGCUGAACUUCUUUAGGAAGAUGGUCGACGAGUAUGAAAUUGCACUAGAUAUCAAGCACUAUGGGUGCUUAUUAGAUAUGCUAGGGAGGGCAGGGAGAUUAGAAGAAGCAGAAAAUAUGGCUUUGGAGAUUCCUUCCAAUAUCGUUAAUGUUGUGAUCUGGAGGACCCUGUUGGGUGCUUGUAGCUUUCAUGGUAAUGUGGAAAUGGGUGAGAGGGUGACAAAGAAGAUACUGGAGAUGGAGAGAGGAUAUGGGGGAGACUACGUGCUUAUGUCCAACAUCUUUGCUGGGGUUGGAAGGUGCAGUGAUGCCGAGAGAAUGAGAAGCUUGCUGGAUGAGAGGAAUGCCUUCAAACUUCCAGGGCAUAGUUUGGUCUAACUGGUGCUGAAGAUGGGCAACUAUGGUUGAGAGAGAUUAUGAAUGUUGAUGGUGAUUGCUAGAUAAUCUCAAGUUUGAGAAAACAAGGCCAAUAUCUGAAAAACAAGUUAUUAAUGCAUUUGAGCGUUUGGGAAUUUAUCAUCAGGUUGAGAAGUGGCGUGACAGCCUCAGACAAUCGUUUUCUUCGGUUUUGUUUAUUCCCCUACUUGACAAGAUUGAAACCAGUCAUAUUCAGGACUAAGGAAUGGCAGCCAACAUCAACUCUUGAUGAAGAUGGACUUAUGCAUCAGUUACGAGCUACUCUCAUCCAGGCUAUUGAUGCUUCAGCCUCCAAGCUGCCUCAAGCCAAUCUGCAACAAACCUCACAGCAGAAUCCAUUUGUCCGUCUUAUGCAGGAGAGUGUGGAUGCCAUCACUGAACUCCAGAGGCUUCAUUCAUUGAUGAAGGGAGAGUUGGUUUCGUGAUUUUUCACUAUGUAUAUCACCUUAUGCGGGCAUCUGACGUAGUCUUAGGGUUAUGAAUAACGGGAUUUUGUGAAAUUAGAAUUUGACUAUUUAAGAAA